CGAGCUGACCCAGUAAACGCACGCACGCACGCACUCGCUCGGUUCUCUCAACGCGGACUAAUAUGAAGCUCAAGCUCUCUGGAAUAUAAACGCUUAUUUCAAGGAGCUGGUCUACGCAUUGCUAAACCAAGGAUCGUUUGCAGGGAGAUCACUGUGCUUUUAUAAGGAAGGGAGAAGAAGCCAUGGCAGAGCACAUGAUGAUGUCCAUGAGCCAUGGCCAGGCGAAUGGCAACCUGCAUGGCUACAGAAUGGGCAUGAAUGGCCAGCAACAUGCUCCCCAGCCUGGUCUAAGAUCCAUGCCCAAUGGACAGAUGAUGCAUUACGGCCCUCAGGGUGCCAUGCAACGGCCCAACAUGGUGAUGAAUGGGCAGAUGAACGGAGGAGCGAUGGGUCAUCAUCAAAUGCAGUCAGCCAAUAUGAUGUACAACAACCAGGGUCAGCAGCACCAACAGCAUCAUAUGCACCAGCAGCACCAUCAAGGCCAACAGCAGCAGCAGCAGCAGCAACAACAGCAGCAGCAACAACAACAACAACAACAGCAGCAGCAGUACAUGACCAGUACAGGCCUCAACACCCAGCAGCUCAUGGCUAGCAUGCAUCUGCAAAAACUGAACACCCAGUACCACGGGCAUCCGCUGGGUGCCAUGAAUGGGCAUCAUGUGCCAAACGGAGCUCAAUUUCGUAUGGGUCCGGCACAGCUGGCCAACGUGCAGCACAUGGGUGGUCCUGCACUGGGCCUCAAUGGCAUGGAUGCUGAUCUGAUUGAUGAGGAGGUUCUCACAGCGUUAGUCAUGGAGCUGGGACUGGACAGAGUGCAGGAGCUGCCAGAACUGUUUCUCGGACAGAACGAGUUUGAUUUCCUACCAGACUUUGUCAGCAAACAGCAGCCCAGCACAGUCAGCUGCUGAGGCAUAUAGAAUUAGACACUGAAACAGUGAACAAUGCAGUAAAAGGUGAUAAAUACCCUGUUCAUAGUCUUGAGAAUUCUCUCUGCAAAGUAGAGAAGAACGGGCAGAUGUUUCGCUGGCUCAUUACUGGAAAGAGUGGUUGCGCUCCAGCCAGAGCUGUAUCCCUGUUGGGAUCGGGUAGUAAAUAAUACACCCAUCCUUCCAGACAUGAAUGUAACAACAUUGCCGAACUACGAGCUUGGUGCAAUGCACAUCACUCUUAGUUCUCCACGCAGUUUUGCAUUCACAUGUAACUUAUUUAUGUUCACUCAGUACCAACAUAGAUUGCAAAGCUUUGCUGAGGAAGUUCUGUGCAGGAUGUUGUGUUGCAGAUUUGAUUGGGGGGAAGGGGGUUGGGCUUCAAAAAUGUGUAACUUGAGGCUUUGUAGUCUUAUGGUUUAAUAUUGAACUGGGAGAUUCCCAUUUGUAAUGAACUGGUCAACAGUAUUAACUGGAUUAAUCAGCUGUAUGUAUGUGCUACAUUACAUGUACCAGGUAAACCCAUAUAGAUAUAUUCCAGUAUCUACUGUGGAUUUUGCCAUCAUAAAUGUAGAACUGCCUUAAAUCUUUAUUUUUUAUUUAUUUGUUUCAUUGACCUUUGAGGUUACCAGGGGUUAAACUUUUGGCUUUGCUCCUUUUUGUUAAUAAAGAUGGCCAGGUUUUA